AUGUCCGUCGUCUUCGCCGCGUCCAUCUCGCGCGCGCGGCGCGCGGCGACGACGACGCUAGGAAGCCUCGGUCGGAUCGCCGCGUCCGCGUCGCCGCCGUCGCCCUCGUCGUCGAGACGCUACUCGAGCACGCCGGGCCCCGGUCGCCCGUCGCCGUCGCGCGAGGACGCGCUCCAUCCCGCGCUCCCGUCCUCGCCGACGUGGUCCACGUCCGAGCUUCUGAACCCGCGCGGCGACGCGCCGCCGCCGAUCGACGCCGCGACGUUCGAUCGCGUCGCCGCGCGCGCGCGCCUCGCGUUCGACGGCGACGACGCGCGCGAUCGCGCGAUGCGAGGGAUGAACGACGUCCUGACGUUCGUGCGCGCGAUGGACGACGUGGACGUCGCGGACGCGGAGCCGAUGUGGACGCCGCACCGAGGCGCGAACGCGCUCAGUUCGCCGCUGCGCGCGGACGUCGUCGCGACGAGAGGAGGAGGAGGGAGCGGCGACGGAGGAGGCGGCGACGGGUGGGCGGCGGCGGACCGAGAGAAGCUGAUGGCGAUGGCCCCGGACGCGUCCCGCGCGCCGUAUUACGUCGCGCCGCGCAAGACGUCGCCGGUCGGGGGGAGCGGCGACGAGCCAGCCUAG